CUGCAUUUGUGGAGAGCUCAAACGAGUGACAUGCCAAUUUCGUGCUCCCCCCAGUCCCACUGCUCUCCGCACUUCUUACAACAGAGAACUGUAAGUGCUGCGAGAAUCGGGAGAGAUGAGCCCUACCGCGCGCGAUUGCGACGCGGCGGUGGCCGGAGAGAACAGGCAGGUCAUCUUCAAGGGAUACAUCGAGGGAAUUCCCAAGGAAACGGACAUGGAGCUCGUCACCGGGAACCGGCCGGUCAAUCUGCCGGACGGCGACGGAGGAGCGAUUAUGAUCGUGAAGAAUCUAUACCUUUCCUGCGAUCCUUACAUGCGAGGCCGAAUGCGCGACUUCCGCGGCUCCUACAUCCCUCCUUUUCUCCCUGGUUCGGUUAUUGAAGGAUUUGGGGUGUCCAAGGUUAUAUCUUCAAGCCAUCCAGAUUAUAAGCCGGGUGAGUUGAUCUCUGGUUUCACCGGUUGGGAAGAGUACAGUUUGAUACGCAGGACCGAUCAGCUCAGGAAAAUUCAGACAGACAGUGAUAUCCCGCUCUCCUGCCAUAUUGGCCUCCUUGGUAUGCCUGGUUUUACAGCUUAUGCUGGAUUUUAUGAGGUCUGUAAACCGAGAAGAGGUGACUACGUUUUUGUCUCGGCUGCCUCUGGGGCAGUGGGGCAGCUUGUUGGGCAACUUGCCAAGUUACAUGGAUGCUAUGUUGUGGGGAGUGCAGGGACAAAGGAGAAAGUCAAUCUUCUAAAAGAGAAGCUGGGAUUCGAUGAUGCGUUUAACUACAAGGAAGUUACAAACCUCGAUUCUGCUCUAAAAAGCUGCUUCCCGGAAGGAAUUGACGUUUACUUUGACAACGUGGGAGGCUCCAUGCUGGAUGCAGCACUUGGCAACAUGAGGCUUCAUGGCAGGAUAGCUGUUUGUGGGGUUGUGUCUCAGCAAAGCACCUCUCAUGCACAUUACAAUCUGUUCAACCUGAUCACCAAGCGGAUCAGGAUGGAGGGAUUUCUGCAGAGCGAUUUCCUGCACUUGUUCCCCAGUUUUGUUGAAGAUGUCACGCGUCUGUACAAACAGCACAAGAUUGUGUACGUUGAGGACGUGAGCAUCGGGCUGGAAAGUGCUCCUGCUUCUUUCGUCGGCCUCUUUUCUGGGAAAAAUGUGGGCAAACAGGUCAUUCAAGUUGCCGAAGCUUAACACUACUGUUUUUCAUAUGGGGUACCUUUUCUUGAGCUUUUUGCAUUGAAGAAUGGCUUGUAAACAACUCUAGUAUCUGCAAGCUCAUCUUGAAAGCUUUUUUAAAGGUUUGAAACUCGAACGUGAAGUUUGGGAAUUGCUUAGAACUCAUUUCUUUCACUUGAGACUUGUUGUAGCCUGUAGGACAGUAACAAAUAUGGGUGAGUGGCUGCUUUUCUACUCUCCGAAAAAUAAUAAGGGUAAAACCUG